ACCUGCCACUUCAACAAAACGAUCGGCAUCGUCACUUUGACAUAACCAUCACGAACAUCAAUAUCAUCGGACGUGUACUUCCUAAUUUCGAAGGAUGACGAAAAUGCAACGUAAUUCAAGCAUUGUUCUAAUGCUUUGUUUUGGUUUGCUUACAACAUUAGAAGCAUUUCAUCAACAAGAAGAGAACACAUUACGGUUUGUGAGCGCGGUAUUCAGACAUGGCGAUCGUACUGCAGACGUUGACAAUAAUGAAUCAUUCCCAACUGAUCCAUAUAAAACCUUUAACUAUUAUCCGGAUGGCAGCGGUCAGUUAACUAAUAUCGGCAAGAAGAGAAUAUAUGACCUUGGAUUGAUGCUAAAAGACAGAUACAACCAAUUACUCAAACCACUUUAUUACCCGCCAAUGGUCUACGUACGUAGCACAAUGAUCCCUAGGACUAAAAUAUCCGCACAGAUAUGUCACGCAGCACUUUUCCAAAUUGAUGACCAAUUUGAGAAGUGGAAUCAUCCAUUUUCUUGGCACCCAGCAGAUAUCAAUUACAUUCAUGAUGCUCAAGAUAUGCUGCUGUUUCCAAUUUUGUGCCCCGUAUAUUACCGACUUUAUCAAAAAAUGCUACAAACUCCAGAAAUAAAAGCAAAAAUAGCAGAAUUUGAUGAUUUAAGGGAAAAACUAUCGAUAUGCACAAGAAAAAAUAUUACCUCAAUGUACGAUUUUUUUCAUUUGUAUAAUACUAUGUUUACACAAAGGCAUUAUGGACUACCUCUACUGCAAUGCACGCAAAACAUAUUUUUAAAUGGCACAAUUGUGGAAGCUGCUAUUUUCCAAUUGAAACUAUUUAGUUAUGGCCCGUUAAAUAAAUUAAAUGGAGGUAUAUUGUUAGGCAGAAUAAUUAACGAUAUGAAACAGAAAAUAAAUGGAACCUUACCAGAUAGAAAGAUCAAUCUCUUUUCUGCACACGACAUAAAUGUGGCCGCAUUAUUGCAGGCUUUAAAUAUAUAUAAUAAUGAAAUUCCAAGAUACGGAAGCUGUAUCAUGAUAGAAUUGCAUGAAAAAUAUGACGAGUUUUUUGUGAAAGUAUUAUAUUAUUUAGGUAUACCAGCAAAAACAGAAGAAAAAAUCAUCCCUGGCUGUGAGGUAUUAUGUCCGUAUAAUAAAUUCGUUCAAUUAUUAUCGGCGACAACUGCGACGAACGAAGAAUCGCAAUGUCCAGAAAAAAUGAACUUAAAUUUUAAAUUUUAACGAUUUGAUUUUGGACUAUUUUUAUUAAUUCUCUUCGUGAUGUAGUAAUUCAUGUUUAAUUGAUUGAAUUUGACAGAACAUUUGAACGAUAUUUAAAAAAUUUUUGAAUGAUUUUUGAAUGAGAGUUUAUUUGAAUGGCAUUUUAAAGAUUUUUUAUAAGAUUUGAAUAAAAUUGAU